GGGGGCGGGAGCGAGCGCUGCAGCCUGCGGCGUCGGGGCCGUGGCCUCCGCUGUCCGCUCGCCACUCGCUGGGUCCCUGCGCCCAGGGCGCACGGUGGAGACGAACGCGGCGGCGCCAUGGAGCCGGUGCCCUCUGCCCGUGCGGAGCUGCAGUCCCCGCUCCUCGCCAACACCUCGGACGCCUACCCCAGCGCCUUCCCCAGCGCGAGCGCCAACGCGUCGGGGCCGCCGGGCGCUCGGAGCGCCUCAUCCCUCGCCCUAGCCAUCGCCAUCACCGAGCUCUACUCUGCUGUGUGCGCGGUGGGGCUGCUGGGCAACGUGCUUGUCAUGUUUGGCAUCGUCCGGUACACUAAGUUGAAGACCGCCACCAACAUCUACAUCUUCAACCUGGCCUUGGCUGAUGCGCUGGCCACCAGCACGCUGCCCUUCCAGAGCGCCAAGUACCUGAUGGAAACGUGGCCGUUCGGGGAGCUGCUGUGCAAGGCGGUGCUGUCCAUUGACUACUACAACAUGUUCACCAGCAUCUUCACCCUCACCAUGAUGAGCGUGGACCGCUACAUCGCCGUCUGCCACCCGGUCAAGGCCUUGGACUUCCGAACGCCUGCCAAGGCCAAGCUGAUCAACAUCUGCAUCUGGGUCCUGGCUUCCGGUGUUGGGGUCCCCAUCAUGGUCAUGGCAGUGACCCGACCGCGGGACGGAGCAGUGGUAUGCAUGCUCCAGUUCCCCAGCCCCAGCUGGUACUGGGACACGGUGACCAAGAUCUGCGUGUUCCUCUUCGCCUUCGUGGUGCCGAUCCUCAUCAUCACCGUGUGCUAUGGCCUCAUGCUGCUGCGCCUGCGCAGUGUGCGCCUGCUGUCGGGCUCCAAGGAGAAGGACCGCAGCCUGCGGCGCAUCACACGCAUGGUGCUGGUGGUGGUGGGCGCCUUCGUAGUGUGCUGGGCGCCCAUCCACAUCUUCGUCAUCGUCUGGACGCUGGUGGACAUCAAUCGGCGCGACCCACUCGUGGUGGCCGCGCUGCACCUGUGCAUUGCGCUGGGCUACGCCAACAGCAGCCUCAACCCUGUGCUCUAUGCCUUCCUGGACGAGAACUUCAAGCGCUGCUUCCGCCAGCUUUGUCGCGGGCCCUGCGGCCGCCAGGAACCCGGCAGCCUCCGCCGUGGCCGCCAGACCACCGCGCGUGAGCGCGUCACCGCCUGUACCCCCUCCGAUGGCCCUGGCGGUGGUGCUGCCGCCUGACCUCCCGCUAAGCACCCCACCCAAGUGAAGUGACCUGGCGGCCACACCGAGCCCCCUGGGAGGCCCGGGCCACCAUCUGGGCAGCUGGAAUGAGGCCUGCGCAGAGGGGUGGCCUCUGGCAGGGACGGGACCUGAGGGAUCCGAGGCUAUGGAUUGGAGGGGUGGGGGCAGAGCUGGCAACUCCAGAGAGAGAGAGUGACACCCGAGGCUCUAAACUGGAUCCUUUAGUCAGGCCUUUCCAAUGGGGCAGAGCUUCAAGACUUGGGACAGCCACAGGCUCUGGCCUUUUGAACACCCAGUUUCUGUCCAAGACCUGAGGAUUUCAGCUCUAGAAACCAGGAGGGGCAGGAAGGAUGGUGGCAGCGAGACUCUGGGCUUUUGUAUUAUGGGGAGCAGCCUCUUCUUAGAGAAGGUGAAGGGACCCAACAGGCAGUCAGGAAGGGCACUUUAGGGUCAGGAGAUAAAUGCACCCCCCGGGGCGGGGCGGAGGUGGGGGGCUCAGUUUGGAGAAGAGAACAGACUCUCACCGCGUUCUAACUAACCGACCGACUAAACUCGCUGAGGCUAGGUCCUAUUUAAUUCUUUAUAUAAAGAAUACAAGCUGGCCUGAUGGGGCAGGUUUGUGUAAUCCCAGUCAUGCUGGAGGUUCAGGCUGGAGAGUUAAAGGCCAGCCUGGGCACCUGAGUGUUUAAAAAUUAAAAGUAAAGAGAGUUGGGGGUGUAGCUCAGUGGCAGGGUGUUUAUGUGAGGUUCUGGGAUCAAUGAGACAAAACAAACAAAAAAACUUCCAAACAACAGCAAAACAAACAAAAAACAAACCGUAUGGGUAACUCUGAAUUGAAUAGCAUCCACGGCCUGGCGACCCCGUGGGGCUGGGGACAGGUCGUGGGGGCAGAAGCAGUGGCUCCGUGGACAAUGGAGCAAGGCCCCCAGAAUCAAGUUCUAACGGGAUCUUUGAGGCUCAGGAAGGAGCGAGAAGGUUCCGGGACUCCAAACCCAGCAAGCUUUAGUGUGGAGAAACGGAAGUAGAGCUAGAACCGCGGCUCAGGGCUUUGGUGCACUUGUUAUUCUCACAGAGGGCACAGAUUCAGUUCCCAGCCCCCGCCUGGUGGCUCACAACCAUCUCCAGUCCCAGUAAAUCUGAUGCUCUCUUCUGACCUCUGUGGGCACCAGGCACGAACAUGGUGCACAUACAUACAUGCAGGAAAUACACUCAUAGACAUAAAAUAAGUCUUUAAAAAACAUGUGGCCAGGCAGUGGUGAUGCAUGCCUUUAAUAUCGGGAGGAUGGGGCAGGCCAGCCCGGUCUACAGAGCUAAUUCCAGGACAGCUAGGAUGAAACACUGUCUCAAAAUAUCAAAACAAACAAAACAAAAACAAAAUGGAGCUGGGCAUGGUGGCGCAGGCCUUUAAUCCCAGAACCUUGGAGAUAGAGGCAGGAGAAUCUCUGUAAGUUCGAGUCCAGCUUGAUCUGCAGAGUGAGUUCCUGUCUCAAAAAACAAAUGAAAACAAAAGUGUGUGUUGGGGGAGACUAGACAGAGAGGCAGGCUUCUGCUUCCAGGUUAGUCGUGGAGCCUGAGGGUGGAUACUUUUGGAGUUCCCAGGGCCCUAGUGUCUGGAUCAAUGCUGGAGCCCAGAGACCUCCCUUGUUUGAGCUCACGACGUGUGGUACCUUAGCGUGAGUGGGGGUUAUCAGAACUACCAAAUACUUGGACCCUUGAUAAGAACCUGGAAGAAUUCCCUCCCUUUCCUCCUGCCCAUCAGAUGUCUGGUGUUAGUGGCUCUCAGGGACUGGAGCUGCCCAGGUAGGAGCCAAGUUUGAAAGCACUGAGGUAAGAAGGUUUUUUGUUUUUUAUAGCAAUGACGUCGGCAAGGCCCUUUGCUGCCUCUUUGUUUGCCCCCUGGGUUUCUGC